AUGGCUACAGACAACGGAGAGAAGCCCAAGGUCACGUUGUACUGGCUGAACGGCUCGCGUGCGCAGAGAAUUGUAUGGCUCCUCGAAGAAUGCACCGAUCUCGACUACAACAUCGAAGUCUUCAAACGCGGCGAAGAUAAGCUCGCUCCUGCAGAACUCAAGCAAAUCCAUCCUCUCGGAAAGUCACCAGUCAUCAAGGUCGAGGCUCCAGGAGCAGAACCUGUCAUCCUCGCUGAGUCGGGCACGAUGAUGGAGUAUCUCUCCGAGUACUUCGCCAGCCGCCUCAUCCCGAAGCGCUACCGAGAUGGUAUGGAGGGGAAGAUUGGAGGCGAGACCGAGCAAUGGCAGAGGUAUCGGUUCUAUAUGCAUUACGCCGAGGGUUCGUUGAUGAGUCCUCUUCUCAUGGCGCUAUUGCUGUCCUUCUCAGGCAUUCGCAACGCUCCAGUCCCAUUCUUCAUCAAGCCGAUCACUCGCAGCAUCGCCAACAACGUCGAGUCGUCAUUCUUGAACAAGCAGUUUGAGACGCACUUCGGCUUCCUCGAAUCGCAGCUCAAGUCUUCACCAGAAGGUGGCAACUACCUCUGCGGAAAGGACCUCACGACAGCAGACAUUCUCAUGUCCUUUCCCUUGAUCGCGGGCAAGACCAAGGUCGAUGCUAACCUAUAUCCGACACUUACUGCAUACACCAAGCUGCUGGAGAGUAACGAGGUGUAUCAGAGGAGCAUUAAGAAGAUCGAGGAGACCAGUGGGAUACCGUUCAAGGUUACGCCGUGA